AUACCUGGAGAGUUCCUAUCUAUGCUGUGACCUAAUUUCAGAUUUGUAAUUUAUCGCAGGUAAUUUCUUUUCAAAGAGUAAUUUUAUUAAUUUUUUUAUAUUCGCAAUUCUUAUAUACACAUUACUUAUGAUGGAUUCCAGUAAAAACUAUGGAAUUUUUUUACACAAAGCCGUCACAUAAAUUCCUACUGGUGUUUAGUGAUCGAAACAAGGCAGGUGGACCAGAUUCAACUACUAAACAAAGUAUAAAGCAUACAUAAAGCAAUGUGAAACCCGGAAACAAACUCUUAAAGUUUACCUAUUUUCGAUAAACAUUCAUUUAAUUUUAUUAAACAUUUCAAACAACAACAACGUUUAUUGCUGAUGUACUUUAUGGCUUAAUUAAUGCUACAUGCAUUUUAUAUUCAAUCUGUUUUUGUUUUCAACCUAUCCUUUUCAUAUAGGCCAGGCUCAUAGUUGAACUUCAAGUUGAAUUACCACCAUGUCCACACUUGUCCUCAGGUUACAAAUUAAAUUAGGGCAAUUGGGUCUCUUACUCUCAGUGACAAAGUUCUUUUGUCACACCAAGACCAAGCCCCUCCUACUGACCUAGCCACUUUCCCAAUAAACUGCAACUUUUUAAUUUAUAUGUAUUUAAUUCCCAGAUCUCAGCCACACCUGGGCUAUAAUUUAUAGGUUUACCUGCCCUAACAAAAUAAUAAUAAUUCUAUUAUAAUUAGUGGUCUUAUAUAGCGCGGUACCCCAGCCUAGGGCUGGGCUCACCGCGCUGUACAUAAAAAUAUUAGCAAGAGACAUAAUCAUGACAUUAAAAUAAAAUACAAUUAUGAAAUAAAUAAUAAUUACUAGUCUAGAGUCUAGUGUAUUACUAUUUAUUAAUACAUUUACAAAGGCAAUGUAUUAAGUCAGGUCUAGUUAGUUUUUAAGUAAGUAUUUUUCACAUUCACAUCAGUGCGGUGCAACCUUUUUUUAAUACACAAAGUGGCGAUGGUCAAAGGGGUCAUGGUGCACUACUGUCACAUUUUUGUUUAUGAAGCAAAGAAAUCGCCACACCAGAAAGUUUGAAAAUAAUUGACUUAAUGAACUUAAUGGUAUUGAAAAUGGUUUUUGGUUUCUUAGAUAUAAUAUUAACACAUCUAGAAACAACCUGAGGUGGGGGGGGGGGGACUUCUGAUUCUGAUAGGGAACGUUGCUGCUUCCUUGAUCUGGCAUUUGUGCAACGGUUAGGGAAAAGACUUAAUGAACUUAAUGGUAUUGAAAAUGGUUUUUGGUUUCUUAGAUAUAAUAUUAACACAUCUAGAAACAACCUGAGGUGGGGGGGGGGGGACUUCUGAUUCUGAUAGGGUACGUUGCUGCAUCCAUGAUCUGGCAUAUGUGCAACGGUUAGGGAAACAGCUCCUAGUGGGUGCCAGGGCAGCCUUGAAACUCUUGAUUGAUGUCGAGUUCCAAGCAAUUAUUGUUCAUGGGAAGAAUUAUGGUUUAUAUUGGACUGUGUUACACCGAGGCACAGUAAAGCAUUUACUAUUGUUCAGGAUGUAACUGCUCAUGGAGUUGUCAGAUGUGAAGUCAGUGUUUAUUGAGCGUUUGGGUCUGAUUAAGCGACCUGGCUUCUGUGGGUUGAGAUAUGUGUUAGCUGGGAUCGCCGGCACUAGCUCUGUGACCACUUUAUGUAAGAAUGUUAGACAGAGCUUUUUUCAUGUCUUUGAGGGAGGGGAUGUCAAAUCUUCUUAAGAGGUCAGUGACGAAGAUAGGAGUGGUGGACCUGAAGAUUUUUUUUAAUGCUAUUUGUUGUCUAAUAAACAUAACUUAAACUGUUUUCUAUUUGAAUUGUUUUUCCCUGCCUUUCUAAUUUCUGUUGACAAAAACUUAGAAUUAUGCUUUUUGAGCUUACCACUCUUUGACAUCAGUCAUUGGAAAACACAGUGUAUGGUCUGUCAUUGGAAAACACAGUGUAUGGUCUGUCAUUGGAAAACACAGUGUAUGGUCAUUCAAUGGAAAACACAGUGUAUGGUCUGUCAUUGGAAAACACAGUGUAUGGUCUGUCAUUGGAAAACACAGUGUAUGGUCUGUCAUUGGAAAACACAGUGUAUGGUCAUUCAUGGAAAACACAGUGUAUGGUCUGUCAUUGAAAAACACAGGGUAUGGUCAUUCAUGGAAAACACAGUGUAUGGUCUGUCAUUGAAAAACACAGGGUAUGGUCAUUCAUGGAAAACACAGUGUAUGGUCUGUCAUUGAAAAACACAGGGUAUGGUCAUUCAUGGAAAACACAGUGUAUGGUCAUUCAUGGAAAACACAGUGUAUGGUCUGUCAUUGGAAAACACUGUGUAUGGUCAUUCAUGGAAAACACAGUGUAUGGUCUGUCAUUGAAAAACACAGGGUAUGGUCAUUCAUGGAAAACACAGUGUAUGGUCUGUCAUUGAAAAACACAGGGUAUGGUAGCGCAUUAAAAAUUAUUUCAAAAUGGUUCCUGUAUAACCUUUAACAGUUACAAAAUAUUCACAUGCCUGACAUACCUUAUUCCAAGACUCUUCUGGAGUCAUUCAUUUUGUCAGCAUCUUAAUUUUAGUUACCCCCACCUUAAAAAUAAUUACCUUCACCUUGCUAAUUAUUUUUGACAGGUUAAUUAAGUAAUGCUCUCUUCAUUAUUAAUCAAUCAAUGAAAUUAGGAUGACUGUAUUUCACUGUAUUUCAUACGUCAAACUUAUGUUUCAAUUUACGGGAUCACAUCUCACAUGUCAUAGCAGGCUGAAUCAGUAGCUAUUAAAGUUGGACCGAUGACUUUCAUUAUAUUUCUAUAUCUUUCUUUUUUUAAAUAUAUAUAUAUAAAGCUUAAUAUUUUUAAUAAUUUAUUUUUUAUGUAUUUAAACAUUUCAAACUCAAGUGACAAACUUAAUAACUACUAUUUUAUUUGUAAGAUCUUGAUUGAUUUAUAUCAAAUUAAUGUAAAUCUUAUUUUUAAAAAAAAAUUCAGUUUGCAUCAUGGGGCUUGCUGAAACAUCGACAGCAUGGAUGAUAUCCUUCUUUCUCAUGUUCAUCGGUAAGUAUGUAACUCGGUAAUGUUUAGAAAUCAUAUUGACACAAUGAUUGUUUUAUUAUACCUCUCAUCCUAAGCAGUGUUGAAUUAAUGAAUAUUUUUUGAGAGAUGGUAGCAUCUGAUUUAAUGGACCUAUAAAUUAUUUUAAGACAAGGGUCCAUUACACGCAUGUGCCUACUUAAGUUUUGCCUCAAGGCACACCAAACAGUCAUUGGGUUCUGAUGUUAAAUACACCUAUCAUCAUGUUGCUCGCUGUACAGGCUCUCAAAAAAGAUCCAGAAUCAGGGAUGUGAAGAGGUGUGAUAAUCUAUAACGAUAACUAAAUGACCUUCUGUCACCAUCAGUGAUGUGAAGACGUGUGAUCACCAAUAACGAUAACUAAAUGACCUUCUCUCACCAGGAUUCUUCAUGAUGAUAGCAGCUGUGGCCUCCUCUUACAUGGCAGCCUCCGACAUCAUUCCAAACAGAGAGCGUCACAUCGGCUUCUGGGAUAUGUGCGAUGACACCUUGACCUACGGCUGCAAGGACAUGACCGAGUACCUUCAUUAUCUGGGCCAAGGUUAUGGUGAGUUCAUGUUUUAACAUGUGCUAAACAUUUUAUUGUAUUUCAGUCAUACGCAUAUGGUAAACUAACUUUUGCUUUUGCAGAUUGAAGAAAACUGGAUUUGAGUCAACUUCAUCAUAAAAUUUGACUGUUAAAAAAUUGUAAGAACAUUGUUUGCUAUUCCGUAAUAAUAUUGACUACAAACUAUUUCACAUUUUUCAGAAAAUUAAAUUUUUAGUAGCCCUAUAAUUUUUAUUUUGGUUUUAUUUCUUCAAAUUAAUUUUUUUUUCUGAAGAGGUCACCUGGGCAGUGCUGUCAAAACACAUGUCCUUACAUUCUAGAGGGUUCCAGUUCAAUGCCCCGCCUAUGCCUGAUAUUCAAAUAAGACUUUUUUCCUCCCUAAGUAAAACCCACCUCCCCCCAAAAUUCCCUGGGGGUGGGGAUUUUAAUCCCUCUCCACUCAUGCCGCAACUCAACUCAGAUUGGAAACAAAAUCCCUCUCCACUCAUGCCGCAACUCAACUCAGAUUGGAAACAAAAUCCCUCUCCACUCAUGCCGCAACUCAACUCAGAUUGGAAACAAAAUCCCUCAACACAAUGUAGAUGCCCCUGCCACCACUCAUCCACUUUACACCACUCAUCCACUUUACACCACUCAUCCACUUUACACCACUCAUCCACUUUACACCACUCAUCCACUUUACACCACUCAUCCACUUUACACCACUCAUCCACUUUACACCACUCAUCCACUUUACACCACUCAUCCACUUUACACCACUCAUCCACUUUACACCACUCAUCCACUUUACACCACUCAUCCACUUUACACCACUCAUCCAUUUUACACCACUCAUCCACUGUCUGUUCCCUAGUUUUAAAGGUUAUUUUUGUCCAUGUUUCUCUCAGACUGGGUCCAUGGCUGCCGUGCUUUGGUCAUCAUUGGAAUAAUCAUCGAGGGCUUCUCUGCAAUCAUCUCCCUCUAUAUGGCCUACAUGGUGUCUGGGACACAUCUUGGCAACUUGAUCACUGCUGGUGGAAAUAUUGUGUCAGGUAUGUCACCGUGGUACAACCAGAGUCAAAUGUCCCAGGAGUUGGGGUGUCAUCCUGGUACAGCAAGAGUCAAAUGUCCCAGGGGGUUGGGGUGUCAUCCUGGUACAGCCAGAGUCAAAUGUCCCAGAGGGUUGGGGGCAGUUGGAUCUCAAAUUUAAAAUAGAUUACUAUUUGAAUAAUUGUUUAUUGUUGACAAAAGAAUUAUGCCGAACCCCCUAUCUUUAGAUGCAGACUUUAUUGGGAACUUGUUAAAUGAUCCACAGAAAGAUAUUACCGUUACUACUUAAGUGAGUAUAGAUGAACUCAACUUGUAGACAGCCUUUUUUAACUUCAUCACGAAACCUGCUAUUGGUCGCAAAUUAUCACAUAAACACCGUUACCUGAUUUGAAGCAAGCAAUUUUCCGCAUUGAAAAAAUUUGUCCAGGUGUUGAAUGCUUUGUUACUCUUCCUCUUCCAGUCAUCUUCAAUCUGAUUGGUGGAAUAGUCUUUCUGGUCAACGCCAUGGACGUUCUGGAGACGACGCUCGAGAUGGACUCUGACCCCUCCUGGUCCUUUGCCCUCCUCAUCAUCGCCCAAGGCUUUUAUCUCAUCUCUGCCAUUCUACUCAUCUUCGACGCCUGCACAUCCAACUAGUGCUCCCUCGCCAGGUGUGUGCAUGCAGAGAAUGGAUCCAGAGCAAGAAUGUUGUUAACUAACUUGUUACGAAUGCAAUAUCCUUUUACAGGAAUCUUGAGUCAAUGAACACAUUCUAUCAUUGUGGUUGUGAAAGAACAUUAAUUGGUAAAAAGGGGGCUGGGGGACCAAACUGACCUUAGCAUAAGUAUGUAAGCAAGAGUAAAUCCCAAGGCUGGUAAGUUGAUGAAGUUCGAGACUGUCAUUCACGGUCAAUGUAUAAUGCUGGUGGGUAUUUGGUGGGAAAGUUUCAAUCCGUCAGCAGCAGGCUUUUUUUUGUUUACAAAUGAUGUUUGAAGAUGGAUCAUGUGAUGGAUCAUGUAGAAACAUUGAUCAGCAUAAACAAUUUCUGUAAAUAUUGCUCUGUGUUACACCAUAAAGAUUUCAUUUGAUUUUUGUAGUUUGUGAGAUCUUAUCGCUAUUGAACAAACAAAAGACAGAUGAUGAUAACUCCCGGCCUUUGUCAAAUAUAAAAGAAGGAAAUUAUUGAGUCAAUGUUUAGUGUUAUUAAAGAUUAUGGACAUUGGGGGG